AUGGCAUUGAAACGUCUUACCUUCUUCGGGUCUCCUCCAAUGUCACCGACAAAAAAUUCCACUAUAACUUUUAAUAAUUUCCACUCUCAUGAGAAGCUGGACGAUAAAUUACCUAAUGCCGAUGAAGUUCGUAAGGCGAUAGAUAAUUUAGAACGCCUCGUUCUAGCCGCUGACGCUUAUCGGGACAUAUUGAACAAGCUAAAUAAAGCAACGAAAACGUUUAGUAAGCUAUUAAAAGAUUAUAGUAACAGUAAAGGAAUGGAAAGCAUUCAUGUCAUGUGCCUUCAGACGACUUCCCAAUUUUACGAUAAUAGUACAGAGAUUCAAUCAAAAUUGGCUUUACAAAAGGAUUUCGAAGCUAUUCAAAAAUACUGGGAAAAAUAUUCUAAAAAAGUGGCCAAAGAUGAAAAGGCUCAUAAUGAUUAUGUUGGAGAAUUGGACAAACAAAUGAAAAAGAUGAAUAAAGAUUAUGAAAAAAAGAUAAAGAAAGAUAAAGAUAAUAAGCCCUCCAUUGAUUCUCAUAAUCAAUACAUGACAUCAUUUGCAACUCUAGGUUCGAAUAUCGGACAGGCACAAAAGGAAUAUGCCGAAAAGGUGGCGAAACGUGAAAAACGAACGCACUCGAUUAUAUCACAAAUAGUCUGUAGACUUGCUGAGGGUCAAUUUGCUUAUUUUAAUGAUUCACUGAAAAGAUGUGGACCUAGUAUAACAAAGAUGAAAGAGUGGGAACCAUUCGCAGGAGAGGACAUGCCACCACCUCAAGACUUGGAUGAUUUUCUGGAGGAACAAGCAUCCCAGUCACAAUCAGAUAAGAGUUCGAUAACUUCGGAGAAAAAAGUAAUAUCUAUUGCAUCAAUAGCGGAGAAACAGAUAGCCGCAAUGAACCUCUCACAAGAAAAUAGGUUACCGUUUAAUGAAGAACCUGAAAAUAAUAUCAUUUCAACGAGAUACGUGCAAACGCAUGAACAAAAAUCUCCAGUAAUAACGACACCUGAAACUACUAAACCGACGUAUCCUCAUCCAUUUUCUCUUUCCUUGGAUGGAAUCAAUAAUCAUGACAAGAAAAGUAAUGAAAGCACUAGUUGUUCAAGUUUAGCGACAUCAUCAGUUCCUUCAACUCCUAUAGUACAGCCGGCGCUUUCUGUCGAUAAUUCAACUCCGGCUUCUUCACCAAUACAAUCUUCAAACAAUACAAAUAAUAGCCUAAAACCUUCGUCAACGUUAGAUCUAUUCUCAAGGUUUUCGAUCGGAGUUCGUGAUGAUGAUGAUCCAUUCAUACGGGAUGAGAAGGCUGUCGAAUUUCGUCCACAUGAAGUUUUCGUGGAAAGCAAAAUGGAAAAGAAUGUGUCAAGUCAAAAUAUUAGUAAUCAAUCCAUAAAUCAAGAAGAACGAUCUAUUAAGUUCCAAAAUGUAACGACUGAUGACAAGAAGGAGAAUGAAAAAGAGAAAAAAGAUAACAAGAAAAAGGAUGAAGAAAAACCCGCGAAACUGCAGGAUGAGGAAUCCGAACAGAAAGACAUUUUCAAAACGCCGACAAUUCCACCCAAGAAUGAUAGAGAUGUUAUUUCUAACAAUAGUAAUGCAACCUUAAAUGAUGUUAACAAAAAGCCAAACGAAAAGUCAAACGAGAAACCAAAAAUUGAAGAAACGGAAAAAACAAAAAGUGAAUUGCCCCCUAUUGAAAAACCUAAAGAAAAUAAUGAGAGAAUUAAAUUAACGCUUGAAACAAGUAGACCUAUUAAGAUUAUAAAUGAGAAGAAAUCGUCAAUUGACAAUAAUGUUAUCCCUAAUUUAAAUAAUAAUAAUAAUUCAGUAAAUCAAUCACCACCUCGAACAUAUUCAGAGAGUCCUAAACAUGUCCCUGGCGAGCUUUCGUUUAAAAAGGAUAUACCAUCACCUUCUCGAUCACCAGUUCCGUUGAAAUAUUCUUAUGAUGGUGAUGAGUACAGAAAAGAAUACACGACUACAAGAAAAUAUGAUGAAGAUAGCGAUUAUUGUCAAACAAGUCCAGAGCUAAACAAUAAUGAAGCAAGAAUAAAUGAAAUGAAUCGUUAUACAAACCGAGAUGUAAUUCAUCAUGAUGAAAGUCUAAUUUAUAAUUCAUCCGUUCAUGGAGAAAGAACGAUAUAUAAUGAUGCAAAUUAUGAUCGAUCAUAUGAUUCGAGAGAUACGAGAGACAGGCCUUUUCCACAAAGAUCGUACAAUAAUAAUGACCCUAUGCCUCCAAGACGCGGUUCGUCAGUUCGUGAAAUGACAAAUCGUUUUCAGCUAAUGAACGAGGAGAGAACACCUAAUUCUCAUUCAACACGACAUACGCCAGCGCCAAUAUUGGGGCGUGUUAACGAAAUUACGACACGAUUUGGUGAAAGAAGAACAACAAUACGAAAUGAAAAUCCACGUGGCGGAGAUUAUCAUUAUGAAAGUUAUAAUAUGCCGAUUGAUUACAGGAAUGAUAGAUUUGUUACCCCACAUGAUGGCAUAACACCAAUUCAUCUAUGCGAUUGUCAUAAUUGUCAAAUGGCUAGUAGCAGAGUAGUUUUAAGACAUAAUAAUCCUGCGUCAUAUAAUCCUUCAAACUUUGCAAGAAAGCAUUAUAAUAAUAGAUGA